UCACCGUCAGUUAUCCGUAUCGUGUGUGUGCCUGAUGAGUUAUGGAGGCCGUCAUGACAGCUAAAAUCUCAGUAUACUUACUAUAAACUGUUUGUCGUUCGCGCAUAUUUGUGAUGCAUGGGUGAAGCUGCAAAAAUGUUCUGGAUCUUGGCGAUCACUAGAAGUACUCAUAUAAUUCUCGAACUACUAUACAGUACUGGUAACUUCUGAUUACAACUUUUUAUACUGACAACGGAGUUCCGUAACAACUCAUGUACAGAGCGAUUGUGCCAGUAUGGGUGGCGAAAUAUCCAUAACAAACAAGACCAAGGUUCCUUUGGUGAUAUCUUUAUGGCAGAUCUCUCCGUUGUAUUACGACAACUUUGUACCUUCGGAGGGAACAUUUCAUCGUAAAACUGGCAUGGUCCAUUUAUCCAUCCGGGCUCGGUUAUGGAAUGGCGAGAACGGAUAUACAGACUGGGAUAAUGUGCUACCGAUUACCGCAGCCGCCUUGGGAGGACUAACGUUAGUGGCAGGAGCACUUGCAGCGGGAGGAGUAGCUUUGGGCGUCCUGGGACUGGCCGCACUGGAGACGCCAGCAUGGAUCGCGACAGCUGUGGCAGCGGGAGCGGAAGUGUACACCAUUGGUUCCUCCUUGAUGGUCGUGUCGGGCGCUUAUGCUGCAAGUGGUAUUAUUGAACAAGUAAAGAAGUGGGCAACAAAAGGCUGCAUAAUUUCGCAUGGAUGGUUGAUAUCUGGCCACAGGAGAUUUGAAAUUCGAGGCGGCCCGGAUGCUGUGAUUGUUGAGGGAAAGGUUUUAGUGGACGCAAAUACGGUGCGGCCUUUCGAGCUUGUGGAAUUAAAAGACUGAAGGCGAAAUGGCCUGUGCUUUUUGUGAUAUUACAUAUUUUGUUCCAGUUGUGCCUUUGUGUGUGCCGACGCUUGCUUUUUAAUCGUAUUUUACGGAGUUGUUUGCUGUGUUUUAUGGAAUUUUUAUUUCUUGUUGCCGGCUCCGACUUCAAAAUAGCAUCGUGCAAGUUGUUAAUUGUUAGCGCGAAUCCGGUUGAAAGCUGGUUGGUAUCUCGAUGAAUCUGAGAUAGUGAUGGAUCGUGGAUGACAUAAUGACAUUUAUGUAAUUGUUUUGUGGACGAAUUCAAUAAAAUG